AUGGACGGUGACACUAAGCACAUCCUUGUUCACAAGAUAAUCAUACAUUGCUCCAGCAAUAUUCUCAAGGAUCUACCUUGUGAUAUGAUCAGAAAGGUCGGUUUGCAAGAGGUCAAUUUAAAUUUGAAAUCCAUUGAUGAAGUCAAUUGCCUAGAAGCUCUGAUCAGUUUCAUGUAUACUGGUUCACUCGAAACAGCCAAUUGUGAACCAAAUAUUCUUAAACGAUUAGCAAUGCUAUAUGGAAUCCAUGGAGUGCUUAACCUGAUGCAAUUACCUGAACAGGAUACAUUACCAGUAAUACAUUCAUCAGAUUUGCAUAUACCGACAGUUACUUCACCUGCAGCGGUGAAAGAGUGGAUGCAGCGUGUCGUGCAAAGUAUGCAAUGGACGUACGGCAAUUUACUAUUCCCAAACGGUCGCAGCAUGUUUUCUCACGUUUCCACGGAAGUUGUCGAGAAGAACCGACGAAGAAACCAGCAUGCAUUUGAUUCGUCAUCACAACUGCAAACUCUUAUCGAUGAACCAGCAGCAAGUUGCACUACUGAGCAGAUGGAGUUGUGGCGUCAACCGAUAAGACGUGCUAUAAGUAAUAGUGCAGGAGAACAGAAAAGUGAAGUGAUUAUACCUAGCAGUGACCGUGAAGGUUGGUGUCGAAAUAAGAAAUACAUUGAAAGAGUUCCAUCCGGUUAUAUGUGUACAGUAUGCCAAAAAGUAUACGGUCGCUACAACUCGGUAUCGUAUCAUGUCACAAUUUAUCACCGUAACCCACCAAUACGAUGCGAUGAAGAAGGUUGCAAGUUUAGCACCCGUGAAGCGCGUUAUAUUCAUUUCCACAAAUUUUAUCGGCAUCAUGUACCAUUGCCUGAAAAUAUUGAUUUAGGUUCUCGCAAAUGUGUCCUGUGCAGACAUAUAUCGAAGAGCCCUGCAAUGCUCGAAAAGCACAUAAGCCGACACCUGCAAUGCUAUACCAAAACUGGCCAAAACUAUCAGUGCCCGCAAUGCAAGAAGCAAACAAAUUCACAGCAAGAAAUGUUGGACCAUAUAGUGGUGCACACGGAACCGGAAGAACCGAGCUUUCCCUGCUCACACUGCAGAUACCGAGGACAAACAGAGCGGUCACUUCAGCAGCACGUACUCUUCAAACACACUUCUGAUAUGUUCUCAAGAAAAUUCACGUGUACUCAUUGCUCGUACGCUUCUACGGAUUCGAUCAAUCUCGCUACACACUACCAAAAAAUGCACCCGCAGCACCAGCAUCAAUUAAAAUAA